GGGAGGGUCUAGGGCUUUGGCUGCGCGGCGACUUCGGCUUCCCAGGGGGGUCAGGCCCAGGUCAGGAUGCGGCGGAGCCCCCGCUCCGGCUCCGCCGCAUCCUCUCACAGGCACACGCCCAACUUCUACAGCGAGAACAGCAAUAGUUCCCACAGCGCGACUUCGGGGGACAGCAAUGAGCGCCGGUCCGCUGGGCCGGAGCUCGGGGAGCCCGAGGGCAGAAGGGCCCGGGGCUCGAGCUGCGGUGAGCCCGCCUUAAGCCCAGGAGUGCCCGGAGGAGACACGCGGGCAGGAAGCUCUCGGCCGAAGCCUGCGCCUCGGAGCCACAAUGGGCAGACCGCCUGUGGCGCGGCAACCAACCGGCUGGGUCUUCUGUAGUCUUGGAGGAACAACUCAACCUUCUCCCAUCCCUGGAUCUGAGGCAGGAGAUGCCUACCCCGCGGGUGUCCAAGAGCUUCCUGAGCUUCCUCUUUCAGGUGCUGAGCGUGUUGUUAUCUGUGGCAGGAGACGUGCUGGUCACAGUGUACAGGGAGGUCUGUUCCGUCCGCUUCGUGUUCACUGCUGUGUCGCUCCUGAGCAUCUUUCUGGCAGAAGACGCCCCUUCCCCCUUCUUUCUCCAGUACUCUGGUGGGGGAUUCUGUACCUGGUCCCUCCUUUGGAGAACGAACCUAAGGAGAUGCUGACUCUAAGCCAGUACCACCAGCGCGUGCACUCCCAGGGUCAGCAACUGCAGCAGCUCCAGGUCGAAUUGGACAAACUCCACAAGGAGGUGUCAGGCGUUCGUGCAGCCCAUAGUGAGAGAGUGGCCAAGCUCGUGUUCCAGAGGCUGAGUGAGGACUUUGUGCGGAAACCUGACUACGCGCUGAGCUCUGUGGGAGCCUCCAUCGACCUGGAGAAGACAUCCAGUGACUAUGAGGAUACGAACACUGCCUACUUCUGGAAUCGCUUGAGCUUCUGGAACUAUGCACGCCCACCCUCAGUCAUACUGGAGCCAGAUGUGUUUCCUGGAAAUUGCUGGGCUUUUGAAGGUGACCAGGGCCAGGUGGUGAUCCGACUGCCAGGUCAGGUGCAGUUAAGCGACAUCACCCUGCAGCACCCUCCACCCACCGUGGCACACACUGGAGGAGCCAGCAGUGCACCCCGGGACUUUGCAGUCUUUGGGCUCCAAGCUGAUGACAAGACUGAAGUGUUCUUGGGAAGAUUCGUCUUUGAUGUGCAGAAAUCUGAAAUUCAGACUUUCCACUUACAGAACGACCCUCCGUCUGCCUUUCCCAAGGUGAAGAUUCAGAUCCUAAGCAACUGGGGCCAUCCACGUUUCACAUGUUUAUAUCGAGUCCGUGCCCAUGGUGUGCGGACCUCAGAAUGGGCACAGAAUAAUGCCACAGGGGCCACUGGGGGGCCCCAAUAAAAAUGCUGAUGGUUGGAGUAGAA